GCAGCAGUCGCGGCGGCUCUCUUGGCGUGCUCACCUCAGCUCAGCUCGGGUCACCUCUUUGUCUCUCCAAGAUUUCCUCCUGCCUCCCUCCGCUCGGUUCAGCUCAGCUCGGCCUCCGGCGUCGUCUUCUUCCUUCCGCGACAUCGCAUACUGACCAGGAAGGCGUAGGUGCUGUAGGACAUGGCGGAGGAGGAGGAGGCCAGCAGCAAGAAGCUCUUCUCCGCCUCCGACGUCGCCGGGCACGCCUCCAGGAUGGACUGCUGGGUCGUCAUCCACGGCAAGGUGUAUGAUGUGACCAAGUUCUUGGAGGACCACCCUGGUGGAGAGGAUGUUCUCCUGCAUGCAUCUGCCUCUGGGGAUGCGACGGAGGCAUUUGAAGAUGUGGGACACAGUACAUCAGCCAUCGGCAUGAUGAACAACUACCUAAUCGGAAGCAUCAAGGACUAUGUGCCUCCUAGCGCAUCGAAAGCUAAAAAUUUCGGUGGCGAUGAUGUGCCGCCAAACUUCAGAGGCAUGCCACGGAAGAAAGGGCCUCCUGCUCCAAACACAUUUCUGGACUUCCUGCUCCCUUUGUUUGUGCUCAGCCUUGCCUUUGCAGCCUGGUACUACCUGACCUUCAUCGCGAAGGCCUAGUAAAUUUGGUUAAGGUUCAAAGGUUUGCACAUUUUACUUUGCUACGUCUGCUGCAGCGAUACAUUUCAGCGAGAUAGAGUCUGGUCAAUUCUAAGUUUUACUAUGAGGUUUCUGCCUGUGAAUUAGAAACGAAAGAAUGAAUUGUCUUAUUUAUUACCAAAUUGUUGUCUUUGCUUGGAAGCUGGUGCCACUCUUCUUACAUGUAAACUGCAUGACUGCAUCAGUAAAAUGUAUGGAUCCAUGUCUUUAUGAAUUUUAUAUGCGGUUCUCAAAA